AUGAAAGAGGCUCACAAGAAGACCUUCUUUAACGCACAUACCAGUUGGAACCCACAUAAAGAAGAUGAUCUCAAAAUGAAAGUGGCUGAUCAGUCAGCCUGUGUAUCCAAAUGCUUCUGUUUAUUUGGGAAUGUGGGAAUUCGUCCAGCAAUCAACAAUAAAAUUCAAAAAGAUGAAAUCUUCUUGACGCUGUCGGUUAUUGAGUUUCCCAAUUCCAGUUCUACACAUGAAAUCAUGGGCAAUUAUGCUAUUUUUUUUCAUAGCUUUAAAGACAUUCAACCAUUUAGAUCCGCAAAAAAAUUCAUGAUGCUUUUAGUAGAGGUGCAAUACAAUGAGUUCUACUGCAAUCCAAUCUUGUUUACUUGUCUUUCCAGAGCAAAGAAUGAAUGA